CACAUAAUUUUGCGCCACUCAUUUAAUAUUGUUGCGUUUUCGUAUUUGUUGAAGAUGGAGAAAUUCCUAAAAAGAAUAUAUACUGCAGAAAACGUGCCUGCAACGACUGAGUCGUCAAAUAAUAAUAAGCCGACAAAAAAGAAAUCUAAGUACAAUCAAAAAUACAAGCAGGAAUGGGAAGAUGGUUGGGAAUGGCUAGAAAAUGCAGACUUUAAAGCAUUCUGUAAAUAUUGCAAAACGUUUCUUGCAAAUGAUGUAACAUUAUUAGACCGGCAUGCUAAUACUAAAAAGCAUAUGAACGCAGUGAACACAAAAGACCAGGCCCGGCUGAAGCAAAUCACCAUUUCGGAAAGUGUUGAAAAAAAUUCAGAAACUACACACCAAUCUAAGGAACUUGCGAUGGUUAUGUACUGUGUGCAACAUUCUCUGCCAUUUACGUUGAUGAAAUCUUAUGUGAAAUAUUAUAUUUAUGUUUGUUAUUAAAUAAAUAAAGCAUAUUUAAGUUUUACC